AUGGAGAUCUAUACUCAAAUAGCAAAAAUUACUGACAAAAUCAGAGAAACGAAUGGAAAAAUUAGAGGCAUCGAUGAUCAACUGUGCGAAAAAGAGGUGGAGUUGGCCAAUCAAGAACUUGCGUCGGAUCAGCGACAAGAGAUCGAACGUCAAGUGCAUCAAUUAAAAGGGGAAAAGAAUAACCUUCUUAUGGCAGUUGAAACCCUUGAAUCUGAAAGAAGUCAACUGGAAACUCUUGCGGAUCAAACAUCCUUCUCUUAUCCCUCAAAGUCACAAAAAACCUCUAAAAAUACCCGAAAAUCAUCGAAAAACCCGGACGGAUUUGUCUUACAACCACCUAUUUCGAUUCCGACAACUGUUCCAGAUCAAGCUCAACGAGCUCUAUCUGUUCCAGCCCUUAAAAACUGUUCACGUAUCUCUCUUACCACUCAAAAUUGCAAAAACCCACAAAAACCGCCAAAAUCAUCGAAAAACCCGGACGGAUUCGCCGUACAACCACCUAUCUCGAUUUCGACAAGUGUUCCAGAUCAAGCUCGACGAGCUCUAUCUGUUCCAAUCAUUCAAACACUAACCAUAUGUCCCUUUGCCUCCGAAAAUGGACAAAAACAUACAAAAUCGGCCCAAAAACGCACUUUUUUCGAGACGGAUUCGCAUUCGGCAUCAUUUCGAGUGAAGCAACAUUGGUUCCAAGUCGAGCUCGACGAGCUCUAUCGAUUUCACACACCAGUUUUUAGUUUUGACCCAUUUAUGCCUGAGAAAAACACUAAUUAUCACGAAACCUGUCAAAUAUGCAUUGACAAAAAAAUUGAUUCGUUGAUUCAUCUCAACCAAUGGGAUAUUUUCAUCAAUAAAAUGUCGUCAUCUUCAUUCAAUUUUUUUUAUUCUGGUAUUUAUCUGAAAAAAAAAUCGUUUUUCUCGAAAAAUGAAAUGUUAUUUAUUGAUCUACAAUAUUUUAUCUGA